AGACCCUAAGCUUGAGAGUGAGAUUAGAAUUGAAAAAGCAGGAUGAGAUAAUAAUUGAUUCUCUCACCAGCCUUUCACAGGUUUACAGUAUAUUAACUAGUGGAUACAAAGACGGGUUUCAUACGACUCGAAAGGACAAGACGGCGUACGUUCUAGUCACGUUUCUUGUGUUUCGAAGACAGCAAACUACGAAGAGAGAAAGCUGAUAAGAUCACCAUGCUUCUUCAAGUAUUUCCAGUUCUUCUACUGUGUUUGCUCAGUGGACUAGUCGCGGGAGAAAAGUUGAGUAGGAAUGAGCAAGAAGUUAUUGAGGCUUACAGGGAGUUAAGAAAGGUGGCCGAAACGUUAGAAGAAUUCAAAGAUCAACCAGAAGAUGCAGAGCUGGAGAAAAAACGAAAAGAUUUGUUGGAAACUCUACAAACUGCUGCCAGCAUAUUCUGUAAGGUGGUGAACGCUUUUAAAAGGGAAAUAACCGAGGAAAUGCAAACAGAAAAAAGAGACUUUAACUCCCUUCUUCAAGCUGCUAAGGCAGUCUGCCAAGCGCCAACUGUUGGUCAAGCGUUGCUGAAUGCUGCGAAGUCACUUUGCAGCUCCAACAAUGUAGGCAAACGAGAAACCCAAAGUCUGAAUGAUCUAACUGAUGCGCACCAAGUGAACAGAAGAGGAUUCUGGGACUUCUUGGUGGAGAACGCUGCUAGAAUAUUUUGUUCCGUGGUCAACAACUUCCGUAGAGAUUUGGCCAAUUUACAAGAGCAAAGCGACGAGGCAGAGUCAGGAAGAUAAGAGAGAAUGGGAGAGGCUAUUGCGACAUUAGAGCUGCCAACUUUAAAUCAAGUAUACAGUAGAUUGUACUUUUUGUUCUAGAGAAAAAUGCACACAAUUCUACGUGUAAAUUUCCCUUUUUUUAAAAUAUAGACAUUUAACAUCUUUAAAAAUGUGCUUAUGUGCUUCACUUCUAUGUUCAUAUUUUUAUUUGCAAAUGUUAUGUAAGAAGAACCUGUCAUAGACGUUGUUUAAUUUUUAGCAAUGAAUUUUGAAUAAAUAGCUAAUUUCUACUGUAAA